AUGUCGACAGAAAAACCGAGCGCGCUACGGUCUAUCAUAGCAGGCGCUACAGCCGGUGCAAUCGAGAUUUCUAUCACAUACCCAGCCGAAUUUGCCAAGACAAGAACACAACUCAAUCGCAAGUUAGCUGCCGGUCAGAAGCUCCCUUGGCCACCCUUUGGCAAGCAGUGGUAUGCCGGUUGCACUACUCUGAUCAUUGGCAACUCUGCCAAAGCUGCUAUACGCUUCGUAUCCUUCGAACAGUAUAAGCGCCUCCUCGCCGACGAGAAUGGUAAGGUCUCGGGUCCUAGAAACGUCAUCGCCGGUUUCGGCGCUGGUGUUACUGAGUCUCUACUCGCCGUCACUCCUACCGAAUCUAUUAAGACGACCCUGAUAGACGAUCGCAAGUCGCCUAAUCCACGUAUGCGCGGUUUCUUACACGCCGUCCCGAUCAUUGCGAGAGAACGAGGUAUUCGCGGCUUCUUCCAGGGCCUAGUACCCACAGCUGCGAGACAGUCGGCGAAUAGUGCUGUACGAUUUGGCUCCUAUACUAGCCUUAAGCAGCUUGCCGAAUCAUAUACCGCGCCUGGUGAGAAGCUCGGGACGGUGGCUACCUUUGGCAUAGGGAGUGUAGCAGGCGCCAUAACCGUGGCUGUAACUCAGCCUCUCGACACGAUUAAGACUAGGAUGCAGAGCAUCGAGGCGAAACAAGUCUAUGGAAAUAGUUUCCGGUGCGCGGCCUUAAUCUUUAAGCAUGAGGGUGUCUUGACCUUUUGGAGCGGAGCCCUGCCGAGAUUGGCACGACUGGUCAUGAGCGGUGGCAUAGUCUUCACUAUGUAUGAAAAGAGCAUAGAGCUGAUGCGGACAAUGGAUCCGGAAAAUAAAUACAUAUAG